CCAAAUUAAACCCGCCCCCCGCGCGCUCUCUUCCCCUCCCCCUCCUCCUCCUCCUCCCGCCUCCCCUCCCCUCCCCCGCCCCGUCGCCAGCGUGCUUCCCGCCCGGAUCCGCACCGAGGCGCGGGUGCCGCCUCCACGGGAAGGAAUUCGGCUCCCCCCCCCCUCUCGCAGGCGGCGUCCUCGACGGCCAGCGGCGGCGACCCGGCGCGGGAGUCCUUUCGCCGGCCGCGCUCGUCGAAGGGGGCCUGGUCGAGGAAUGCGCCCCUGUACCUGAGACGGCGUCUGCGGCAACUGAAACCUCCCUGUAUCCGCGAUCCGCGAUCUGAACCUAACCGUCGCUAAUCCCCACGAUGGAGGCUGGCGGCGGCGCUGCUCGCCCCGAAGCCCCUAGCGGCGACGGCGCCAGGUUGGGGCAGUCGCAGAUGCAGUUUGACGGCCCGGUCCUGCUCAACCGAUCCGCUGAGCUCGAACCAACCGAUGCGAUGGAUGUCGACGACGCGACCCCGGCGCAAGCUCCCAACCAGACGGUGCUGCCGCCCACGCAGUCUCCCGCUGCUACGCUGACGGACACCAUCGUACAAGUGCAGAAGCAGCUGAAGCGGAAGAGGGCUUCCAACGGCCCUGUGAUUGCCGCUCCGGAGAAGGAGGCCCUUACUGCCGGCUGCCGCAAGGAGCUCGCGGGCUUGUUGGACUACUUCAAGGAGGUUUCUGGCCACAGGAUGCAGAUCGAUGGUGGUGGAAACCUGUCAACCAAUGCCAUGAUUGGGUGCUUGCUGGAGGAGAGCAAUCUCGGGCUAUCCAAGUUGGUGGAUGAGACAUUUGAGAAGCUCAAGGGAACAGAGGGUGUCUCUGUCGCUUCGGUCCGCAGCUCAGUCCUGCUCAUUGGACAGAGGAUGAUGUACGGACAAUCUAGCCCCGAUGCUGAUGUGUUGGAAGAUGAAUCGGAUCUUUCUCUUUGGUGCUGGGAGGUAAGAGAUUUGAAGGUACUGCCUGUGAGAACGCGUGGGUUUUUAAGUGCGCGGAGAACUGCCAGGAAGAAAAUCCAUGAGAGGAUCACUGCUCUCCAUUCAACUUUGUCUGCUCUGGAAACUACAGGAGCUGAAGGUCAAGUAAACGAGCUUAGAAAAGUAUCAAUAAAGUUAAGCAAAGCACUGAACCUGGCUGGGAUUAGAUCAAUGGUGGAAAGACUGACACAAAAGAACAACAUUCAAAGGGGUGCCAAAGAUGUGGAAUCAACAGAUCAGUCAAUGCAAGCGAUGGAAAAUAAUGAGGGAACUGUUGGCAGAGUAGAUGCUGCGAAUGGCUCUGAGCUGCCAACUGGAAAUGCUCCUGCUAAUGAACAAGUAAUUCUGAAAAUGCAAAAACAAUCCCAGAAGGAAACAAAACGCCAGGAGAAAGAGCAACAUCAGAUGAUGAAACAGCAAAAGAAAAUGCAAGAAGAGGCACUGAGAGAACAAAAAAGACGUGAAAAGGAAGAAGCUGAAGUAAAGAAACGCCAAAAGAGGCAGGAAGAAGAAGCACUGAAAGAGCAGAAGCGCCGUGAAAAAGAAGAAGCUGAAAUGAGAAAACAAGAAAAGAAGCAGCAAGAGGAUGCACUGAAAGAGCAGAAGCGCCGUGAAAAAGAAGAAGCUGAAACUAGAAAACAACAAAAGAAGCAGCAAGAGGAAGCUGAUAAAGAACAGAAGCGCCUUGAGAAGGAAGCUGCACAACUCAAGAAACAACUGGCCAUUCAGAAGCAAGCUUCGUUAAUGCAGCGCCUUUUCAAAAGUAAUGACAGUGAAAAACCUAAAUCUGGAGAGAAUGACUCAGAUGCAUGCUCUGUUGAUCCAGGCACUACGAAAAAAGAGAUAUCAGCUGCUACAUCAAUAAUUGAUUCUUCCUUCUCUCUGAAAGAUAGCUGGACUUUGGAGUACCUUCAGAGGUUGCAGAUCACUGGUUGGCAAAAGUUAUCAAGCUAUAAUAGGUCCUGCAGAUGGGGUAUCAGACACAAACCCAAGGAGGCAUUUAAAGAGCUGAAGCUUCAAAAAACCUCAGAUGACAUGAUCGAUGAAAUAUUUUCUACUCCAAAUGAAGAUACUUGUGACAAUUCAGGUCAAGAAAAUGAACCAGAUAAACUAGGAAAUGACAUUGAUAUGCUUCCAGCCAGCGAGGUGCAAUGUCAUGUCACACGUAAUGAUAAUUCUCUGCCAACCAGAUUGAUAAAGAAAAAGCUUCUGCAGUUUGCCAAAAGUAACAGGCCAGCAUAUUAUGGGACUUGGAGGAAGAAAAGUGCGGUAGUUCGUCCAAAGUGUCCACUUUUGAUGGACCCUGAUCUUGAUUAUGAAAUUGACAGUGAUGAUGAAUGGGAGGAGGUGGAUCCUGGUGAGAGCCUUUCUGACUGUGAGAAGGACACUGAUGAGGUUAUGGAUGAAGAUUCCAAGAUUAUAGAUGAAGAAGAGGAAGAUAGCUUUGUCGUCCCUGAUGGUUACCUCUCGGAUAGUGAGGGUAUUCAGGUAGAAAGUCUAUUGGAUGAAAAUGCUGACGAUGCCAGUAGUUCGCCAACCAGCCAGUGUCCAGAAGUUGAGGAAUUCAGAAUUUUACUACGCCAGCAAAAAGUGCUUAACACUUUGACUGAACAGGCUCUUCGCAAGAGUCAACCUCUAGUAAUAUCCAACCUAGCUCAUGAAAAGGCUGACUUAUUGACUGCCCAAGAUCUCAAGGGAAGUUCAAAGAUCGAGCAACUUUGCCUGCAAGUUCUUUCAAUGCGGAUCUGUCCAGGGGGUGGAGUAGUUGAUGUGCCAGCCAUUGACAGUUCAUCUGCUGCUUCUGAAGAAACCAACCAGUUGAAUGCAAAAAGUAGCCCUGCAGCUGCAUCCUCUGUACUGGAUACAGACCUGCAAGAAAUUGUUCAGGUGAUACAGUCAAGUCGAGAUGGUAUCAACAAGCUGGUGGAAUUACUGCAGCAGAAAUUCCCGACUGUUAAAAAGACUCAACUGAACCAUAAAGUGAGGGAGAUAUCUGACUUUGUUGAUAAUCGCUGGCAGGUUAAGAAAGAGAUUCUUGACAAGCUUGGUUUAACUUCCUCACCACCUGUGGAUCGUCCCCAGAAGGCAAAAGUAGUAGCCGAUCGUCCCUCGAAGACGAAAGGAAUAGGCAUGUACUUCUCAAAGCGGUGUUUACCCCCAGAAGAGGCAGUCAACGCCCUUGCAUCUUCACCUGAGCUUCGCUUGAAACCGAGAACUGUUCAAGGUAGCAAUGGUGUUGCUGGUGCUCCUCAGGUUGAUCUGUUCCCCUCGCAGAAGUGAUGGUCCUGACAAGCUGAUCCUGAAGCAGGCUUUCUUGAAUUGGGUCCAUGCAUUGGCGGUUUAAAACAAGCAGAAACCUCUUGGGUAAUAAUCGUGUAAUACAAAGGCCACUCAGGUGCAAUAUGGCAUUGCAUCUUGCUCCGAGCUGUGGAGUGAUUUUUGGCAAUCUGCUCUAGCUUUUGCGGUUUUAUAGACAUGGUGAAGCACAUUCAGUAA